AUGUCUCCGGUUCAUGGGGAUCAUACUGGCCAAAAUGGGAAUGUAAGAAGUCUUGAGACGACGGUGGGCACCCUAUUUGAAAUCGGCGAAGACUCUGAUGUGAUGAGGUUUCGUGACAGGCCAAGGCCACUGAACGUGGAAAGGAAGAGAUCCGUUGAUGAAAGGUCAAUCAGCGAAUUGUCCAACAUAGGGUCUCCUUGUAGAAGGUCCUGUUUUCUGGGGAGCCCUAGACCAAGCAGCUACUAUGAAUCGCAUCCCAUGGUUGCCGAUGCAUGGGAAACGUUGAGGCGCUCUGUCGUUCACUUCCGGGGCCAGCCUGUUGGAACACUUGCUGCCGUCGAUCAUUCUGUCGAAGAACUUAACUAUGAUCAGGUAUUUGUUAGGGAUUUUGUGCCAAGUGCAUUGGCCUUUUUGAUGAAUCGGGAGGAUGAAAUAGUGAAAAACUUUCUGUUGAAAACACUUCGCCUCCAAUCAUGGGAGAAAAUAGUGGAUCAGUUCAAGCUUGGAGAAGGGGUGAUGCCAGCAAGUUUCAAAGUGCUCCAUGACCCUGUAAGAAAUUUCGAAACCAUAACUGCGGAUUUUGGUGAGAGUGCAAUAGGAAGAGUAGCUCCAGUUGAUUCUGGGUUUUGGUGGAUCAUCUUGCUUCGUGCUUACACAAAGUCUACAGGGGACACUUCACUCUCUGAAAUGCCCGAAUGCCAAAAUGGCAUUCGCCUUAUCCUCAGCCUCUGUCUCUCAGAGGGCUUUGAUACUUUCCCAACUCUGCUCUGUGCUGAUGGAUGCUGCAUGAUUGACCGGAGAAUGGGUGUAUAUGGGUACCCAAUUGAAAUACAAGCACUGUUCUUCAUGGCUUUAAGAUGUGCUCUGGUUCUGCUUAAGCAAGACAACGUUGGGAAGGAGUUCGUGAAGCGCAUAACUGAUCGCCUCCACGCUCUAAGUUAUCACAUGCGGAGCUAUUUUUGGCUGGACCUGAAGCAGCUCAACGAUAUCUACCGCUACAAAACAGAGGAGUACUCUCACACUGCAGUGAACAAGUUCAACGUGAUGCCGGAUUCGCUUCCAGAUUGGGUUUUCGAUUUCAUGCCGAGCCGUGGUGGCUACUUCAUUGGGAACGUUAGCCCAGCAAGAAUGGACUUUCGCUGGUUCUGCUUGGGCAAUUGUGUGGCAAUUUUAUCGUCUUUGGCGACCCCAGAGCAAGCGUCAGCGAUCAUGGAUCUUAUCGAGUCACGCUGGGAAGAGCUGGUUGGAGAAAUGCCGUUGAAAAUUUGCUACCCAGCCAUAGAAAAUCACGAAUGGAGAAUCGUCACUGGGUGCGACCCAAAGAAUACCAGGUGGAGCUACCACAACGGGGGCUUGGCUUGGCCAGUGCUUCUGUGGCUGUUGACGGCGGCGUGCAUAAAGACGGGGCGACCCCAAAUUGCUAGACGUGCGAUUGAGCUUGCUGAAAGUCGGUUGUCGAAAGACAGCUGGCCGGAGUAUUAUGACGGGAAGCUGGGAAGGUACAUGGGAAAGCAGGCACGUAAGUUUCAGACGUGGUCCAUUGCUGGGUACUUGGUGGCUAAGAUGAUGCUGGAAGACCCGUCUCAUUUGGGCAUGAUUUCUCUGGAGGAAGACAAGCAAAUGAAACCCCUUGUUAAAAGAUCUGCUUCAUGGUCCUCUUAA